AGCGGGGCCUGGUGGUGUCUCUGGAGCCGGCACCAUGUCUAUUAUGUCCUAUAACGGCGGGGCCGUCAUGGCCAUGAAGGGGAAGAACUGCGUGGCCAUCGCGGCGGACCGGCGGUUCGGGAUUCAGGCGCAGAUGGUGACCACAGACUUCCAGAAGAUCUUCCCGAUGGGAGAAAGGCUGUACAUCGGGUUGGCAGGGCUGGCCACGGACGUGCAGACGGUUGCCCAGAGACUGAAGUUCAGGCUGAAUCUCUACGAGUUGAAGGAGGGCAGGCAGAUCAAACCUCAGACUUUUAUGAGCAUGGUUUCCAAUCUGCUCUACGAGAGACGGUUUGGGCCAUACUACACAGAACCGGUCAUUGCAGGGCUGGACCCUGUAACACAUGAACCCUUUAUCUGCUCCCUGGACCUCAUCGGCUGCCCCAUGAUCACCGAUGACUUUGUGGUCAGUGGGACCUGCUCGGAGCAGAUGUAUGGCAUGUGUGAGUCCCUCUGGGAGCCCAACAUGGAGCCCGACCACCUCUUCGAAACAAUCUCACAGGCCAUGCUGAAUGCAGUGGACAGAGAUGCCAUUUCUGGAAUGGGAGUGGUGGUGCACAUCAUUGAGAAAGACAAGAUCACCACCAGGACCCUGAAGGCUCGCAUGGACUAACCCAGCACCAAUCCUGUGCUUCACAGCCCACUCUGCUUGGAACUUUUUUAAAUAAAACCCUCUAUCAUAGUGA